AUGAAUCCUGAAGGUGGCGGAUCAGUUGGAGAAGCUGACGAAAACAACCAAAAUGAGGAAGGGCUCCUUGAAGAAGGGUUUGGUGAGGCAGAAGUGAAUGUCGCUGAACAAGGUGAAAACAACAAUGGUGUUUCUGUUCAUGAAACCCUUAAUGCUGUAGCACUGAAUUCUAACAUCUCCUCUUCAAGCUUCCAUGUUGGAAGCAGCUCGAACACCGCGAACAUUCCAAGAAAAAGAAACUUGUGUAGUUCUGGACAAUUUUACGAGGGUGAAAGUUCAAACAUGGGUCAACAACAGACAGGAGAGGCUAAAAGGCUUGCUACUGAGUCUGGGGUUGGAGCUAACAACAUUAAUGUGAGCCAACAGAAUACAGGAACACCCAUUCCAGCACCCAAUACCGGUGCUAACAGAAACGAGAAUACUGAUACUGGGAGAAGAGCUUCUUAUGCUGGACAUCCUCAGCAACGCUUACGUUCUGUUCAGCCUAUAUCUUUUCUGGGUAGUUCAUUCGUGCCCAGUGCUACCACCACUGUGAGCGGCGUAACCGUGAGGACUACCCCUCUCACCCGCUGUCCACACCCAAGAGUUGAUAUUAUAAUUCCGUUUUAUGAACAUGGUAGCACUUCAACUUGGGCUCCCCCACAGGGCACACCAAGAAUGAACCAUUAUGCUGCAGGAAGCAGUUCUGGCACUCAGAACAAUCAAACUUCUCAGCAAACACCACCAUCUGCACUCCCACCCAAUAUUAUUUCUCCUGAGUUGAGAACAAGGCUUCCAUCUGAGGUUCGAUCUAUCUUGGAUUCUCUAAGCAAUGGUGGCGGUCUAAUCUUUGAGAUAGAGAACCCUGAACCAUCUACGGGACUAAGUCUCCAAACGAUCAUGCAACACAUGGAGCGUGAGACUUGGGUGGAUGUUGAUGGAGAUGGCCCAGUAGAGCAUCCACAAAGAUGCACCAUAUGUCUGGAAGACUUUGACAACGGAUCAGAAAUCGGGAAGAUGCAGUUAUGUGAUCACAAGUUUCACUUUGAUUGCAUCAAACAGUGGCUCAUGCAGAAGAACAUUUGCCCUGUGUGCAGAAGAGUUGCAUUGGAAAGGCAUCUGAGCAGCCCAAAUGUAGAAUAUGGUUAUUUCUUUCUUUAA